CUAGAGAAUAGCAUUAACUCCUUUCGGGAAGCUGUCAACCUUGAAGAAUCAGCUGCGGACGCCCGCAUACUCCUCCCAUACUACGAGGCGAUCCCACUUUCCGUCGAGCUCUGGCCCGCCCUUGCCCGUCCCGAAACCCCUGAGCGCGCCAAAGUCGUCGUCAACAAGGCGCGC